AUGCUGCUGCUGGUGGGGCUGGUGCUCUGCCUCACUUCUGCCCAUGCCCUGAGCAGUUUCCCCCAGAAGUUUCAGGUUGGGAACCUGGAUGAGGACAUGGUGGUGAAAUGCAACACCUCAGAGGAGCAAGUGACCUGGACGCUGAACGGGGAGGCGGAGCCCAUGGCAGAGCUUGUCACUGAGGGACGCACUCUCACCAUCCUGGGCUUGGACCUGCCGGCCACUGGCAACUACAGCUGCUGGGCUGGCUCUGUCCUACUGGACACCACCUAUGUGCUGGUCAGGAGCACAUCCCCACCAGGCAAAGAGGGCAUGAACAUCUCCUGCCAGGCAGAUUCCUACCGUGGCUCCUUACGCUGCUCCUGGAGGGCCCCGAGUUUCACUGUCUUCCGCGCCCGCCUCAUGCGCAGCAAUGGUUCCUUCAGUGACUGGGUGCACGUGGCUGGCCGCCGCGGCAGGUUCAACGCCAGCCUCAUUGACCCCUCGUUCUGCCCCUUCGCGGAGGAGCUGCACCCGCUCCAGCUGCACCUUGAGGGGCUCUCAGACAACUCCUUCAUCAAUCUCACUGUCCACUUCUUCAUCCGCGACAUCGUGCAGCCCGACCCACCGCAGGAGCUGACAGUACGCCGGCGGGGGGACCAGCUGCACCUGUCGUGGGCCCCCCCAGCCUCCUGGCCGCUUCCCAGGUCCUACUUCGCCUUGCUCUACCGGCUGCAGUACGAGCUCCCCAACGGCACACAGGUGAACAAGGACCUGGAGGGCACAGAGGAGAUGAGCCUCCAGGAGGAUGCUCGGCGAGUGCGCAUCAGCUGCCGCGACCCCUAUGCCAGCCCCACCUGGAGCCCCUGGAGUGCCUGGCAGGAGGUGGAGGUGGCCCAGCAGCGGGGACCGGCGGUGCACUGACACCUGCCUGUGUGGCCGCCGCCCCACCAUGCCCCAUGGGGCCGGGGGACACCCAGCCCAAAGCCCACUGGCGUCCACAGGAGUUGGGGCCCGGCGUGGGCUUGGCCACAACACUGCAGCAGACCCUGGCACCC